ACGAUGCAUUGCUCUGUCUCUCCAGUCACAGCGCGGGAGGUUGUUCACACAGCUGCUAAACAUAUCGCACGCUGCCGGCAGCAAAUGUUAAACUUAUUUCUUAUUUAUAAUUUAAAUUAUAAUACGUACAUCUUUAGCAUCUUAUAAUAUUACAUUCACUGUAUGGAACUUUAAAAGAACAGCAUAUAGCAUAUAGCAUGUCUCCAUGGAGACUAUCAGUGUUUUGAUUAUCUCCAUGAAGACUAUCAGUGUAUCGAUCAUCUCCUUGGAGACUAUCAGUACAGUGAUAGUCGUGAGCAGCACUCGGCGACUGCCACUCCCAGGCAGAGCCUUGCCGCCCUAAAGAAGAGUGUCCACCCACCACGCCCGUGGCCACCUCACGGAACACUGCCACGGCGAGGAGAGUGUGUCAGACCAUCACAGCCCCUCAACACCACCACCACCACCACCAGCGUCAUGGAGGCUGCAGGGAGGGGCGGUAGGAAGGCACGGCGGAGACGGGCUAAGAAGAACAUGAACACUGGCGGCAGCCCUGCGGAGUGUCCUGUGUGCAUGACAGGCUAUGAUGGCACAGUGCAGCGGCCGCGCACCCUGCCCUGUGGCCACACUGUCUGCACGCUGUGCAUAGAUCAGCUGAAGGUGCAGGGCCGUGUUGCCUGCCCAGAGUGCCGCGUUAGCCACGCCGUGCCCAAGGGAGGGCAGUUCCCUGUCAGCUAUGCUUUUGAGGCCUUUAUGAGAAUGAUGAAAGACGCUGAGGUGGCACCAGCAGCAGCCUCGCCGCCACCCAGUGCCGGGGAAAGGAAAGGAGCAGCAGCGGCAGCUGACAAGAAGGAGGCGGCGGGUCUCUCCAAGAAAAUGCGUUCCUUCCUGCAGGAACAGGAGACCACAGUUGUGGCCGCAAUCACCGCCUGCCGGGAGGCUCAGUCGCACCUGGACCAGUACCAGACGACCCUGGCAGGCUGGGGCAAGCGGCAGCAGCAGCUGGAGGACAGGCUCCUGGGACUGGUGGACCAGAGCAGGAGUGCCAGGGAGCUCCUGCGGCAGGAAGAGUCCCGUGCGGCGGCCAAGGAGGAGGAGCUGAAGAAGGGGGAGCAGGGGCUGCAGGCUUUGCUGGAGACGUUGCGCACCCUUACAACAGAGCAAGAAGCAGGCGCGGCGGUGACUGAAGUGUUUCGUUGCACUGGCGAGGCAGAGCAGGCGGUGGAGGAGUGCCGAGAAGGAUUUCCUGAUGCUAGCACCGUCACUACCGCCAGGAAGGUGAACGUAGCAUCUACUGCAGCCCUGGAGGCUGUCCAGGCAGCUCUGGAAACACUUACUACAGCGGAGCCCAGGAACCAGUCAGACCCAGACUCCACCGUCAUGGACAGACUGCACCUCAUCUGGACAGGGAGCUUGACGGCCGAGGACCUCCUCAGCCUGACACAGCCCGCCAGGCGCCUGCUGGAGGCUGGCCGGGUGUUUGCUGUCCACCAGGCGGAAGGUCAGCGCCGACACGCAAGAAUAAGCCUUGAAGCCGGCCAGCUGUGCCUCCACGCCCUGAAGGACCAUCCCCCGCCACGGGGCGCGGUAACCCUGCAGGUCAGCGAGGUUGCGCCGCUCUACCCCCCCUGCACGGUGUUCCUGGACCUGUCCUGGCCGGGCAGCGCGCCGCGGCGGGUCCAAAUCCGUCUGAGCCCCGACACCCCGCGGGGCAGACAGUUCUUAUUGUUGUGCACGGGGCAGCGCGGCCCCUCCUACGUUAACACCAGGUUGCACGGGGUGGUGGGGAAGGGGGAGGCGGGAGAGUGUGUGCUGGGCGGGGACUACGAGAGUAAUAAUGGUAGGGGAUCAUCCGUCCUGCUGCCUGGCCUUGAUGAGGGUACCUACCGGUGGUCAGGCCGGGCAGGGGAUGUUUUUGGGCAGGAGUGGAUUUACCCUACCCGGGAUGAGUGUGGUCACUUUGGCAUCAACACCAGAGACGAUCAGGAUGGUGUUGGGGCGCCUCUUGUCUUCGGUGAGGUGGUGGACGGUCUGCACGUGGUGGCCGAGGCAGCCCAACACAGGGAAAUUAAGGAGGUGACUGUGGCGGACUGUGGCGUGGUGUUGUGAGGGUAAUGGCCACCACCACCACCACAGCAAGGUUAUGGAGGUGACUGUGGCGGACUGUGGCGUGGUGUUGUGAGGGUAAUGGCCACCACCACCACAGCAAGGUAAUGGAGGUUACUGUGGCGGACUGUGGCGUGGUGUUGUGAGGGUAAUGGCCACCACCACCACCAACAACACCACCACAGCAAGGUUAUGGAGGUGACUGUGGCGUGGUGUUGUGAGGGCAAUUUUUCGUUGAAUUCUUGUAACAUCCGCGGUGAUGUUUUGACUGAUGUUUCGUGCACCGCAUAAACACUUGAUGUAAUGUGUUAGUUUCUUGGGGCUUCAUUGUAACAGCCAGUGUGGUGUUUUGUGCAUUACGUAAAUAUACUUGUUGAAAAAG